GCUCCACAUAGGUGCUUUGCGGGCCGGCCUACCCACAGGGUUGCAGGCGCUAGCAGUGGCUUGCAGCGUAAGCCGCAGUAGCUUUGCACCCGGCAUGGGUCACUCAUUUGGGGGAUAAAAAGGGGAACGUUCGCUCAUUGAAUGUCUGUCUGUGGGCUGCAUCCCGACCAGUUGACCUAACAAACGCCCGCCUCUGUCGCCAGGCGAGAUGAUGCCGUACACGUUCAUCUCGACCUCCCCCGUGGUGGAGAUCCACUUCACGGCGCUCAACAUGGACGCGGCCGACGACUUCCGCAAGAUCAACAUGAUGGGGGCGUGGAUGUCGGUGCGGCAGGAGCCGUGCCCGCGGCCGCGGCGGCUGGCGGGGCCGUCGGGCAGCAUCCAGGUGGGGCCGGGCAACGCCAUCCCGACGCCCACCGCCUGCGACGGGCUGCCCUGGCUCGUCGAGCCGGCCGCCGGCCGCUACCUCUACGUGACGGUGCGCGGCGUGGUCAUGCACCCCAACGACACCACGUCCUGCGCCACCACGAACCGCGUCGGGCUGCACGCCGGCAAGAGCAGCCACGUCGUCGUGUGCCCAGAGCCCCGCUGGGGCUACGGCUCGCAGCAGGUCGAGGUCGUGUCGGAGGGCUGGGUUGUGUCAGGAGAACCUCCGUUUCCCGGGUCGGACGACGCAUCCCGCAGCGUAGUCAUCGAGUUCAGCGGCAAGGAGCCCGGCUCGUACUCCGUCAGCUGGCUGGAGUUGUCGCGCAGGCCGCUGGAGCCACCCUCGGUGGGCGUGUCGCUGGAGGCCCUGGAGCUGUGCCACCACCGCUGCCCGGAGCUAGACGCGUGCAUCAACGCCUCACUGUGGUGCGACGGCACCUCGCACUGCCCGUCCGGCUACGACGAGGCCGCCACCCACUGCUGGGUCGUGCUGCAGCUACCCGUACUGCACCUACUCGUCGGCACAGCCUUCAUGGCGGCGGCGACGACGGCCUGCUGCGUGGUGGUGGCGCGCGCGGGACGGCGGCGGCGUGGCCGGGGCCGACGAGACUCGCUUCAGCGCCACCUCCAGGAGGCGCCGUCGCUCGACUCAAAAGAAGUGAUUUGCUGACAUUCGCAGGAUUCUACGCGAUACGUCGAGGUAGACCGCGUCACCACUGUGUGAGCGGCUCCCCCGACCGCGGCUGUGGCACCACCCGCCUCCAAGGCUUCUGCCUGGUGUAGGCAUAGCACAUCUGCCUCCAACCAUCUUCUACCAAGUUAUUUUUUAAACAAAGUACUUGAGGAAUUUGAUUGCACUUGUUAAUUCAUGCACCCUUUAUGAAAUAUUGCUCUCACAUCAACUUGAGUGAUUUAUUUUACAUAUUUUGAAAUUAAAAUGUGAUCAAAGAGGCAGGGGUGUGAAUGGGUGUGGAGACACAGACGCAGGUAUCCGUAGAAUCCAUAGAAAUAGACACUUACCAUCAGACAGCAUAUUAGCAAGAAUGGGAAAAAAACAUGCAUUUGAGGUUGUGCCGACUGUCUUCACAAUUUUACAGCUCUAGGAUUUUAAAUUAAUAACGCACAGCAUUCAACACUGGUGCUGUUAAUCGACCAAAAAUUUAAUGUAUAUAGUAAAAGUGAAACAAAUAUACAGGGUCAUACUAUAAUCUAGUGAUAAUCAAUGGAAGUCUUUUGUUAAAAUUGAGGCAUGAUACAUUUUCAAAUUUGAUGACGGUCAUGAGUAAAUGUUACAAUGAUAAACAAGAUUUUCAAGUUGUUUGUGGAACUUUACAGAAAGUUUUUAAAUACUUCAAUAAGAUGCCUACCCUUGUAGCACUGAGCAAUCUUACAACAUUCCUAGAAUGUUCUCAGAAUGAUCUGUGCUACCAGGGUCAAAGUUGUUAGUGCUUGUAUAAAGUUACAAUUUAAUUUUGAAUCAAAAUAUUUCCAAUGUUUAAGUUUUUAAUCAUAUUCUUAGAGAAUCUUGCUCUGUUUAUAAUCUUUCAAUUUGUUCCUGUGAAAUUUUGUCUCAGAUGUCAACUACCCUAAUAGGUAUGACAAGAAAAUGUCGAUAUUAUGAUAGGCUUCCAAUUCUGGAUUUUAUGAGAUUAUUUAAAUUAUAUGUUGUGAUCAUCAGCACAAACUUAAAAUAAUUUAGAAAACUUGUUGCUGGUUAGAAUAGGAGUUUUAUAAAACAUUUAUAUUAAAUAUUUGCCUUACUGUUGUUUAUACACUGGAACAAGUCAGCAAUUUGUUUCCUGUGAUUUUUAUACCUAGGUAUCUAUCAAAGGGAAAUCUUGAAGGUGGGAUGUACCAAACGGAGUAAGCAGUUUGGUACAAAAGUUAAUUCAACAUUGAUAUAAAAUUUAUAAAAUUGAAUCUUAUUAUUAGUUCCAUUAUAUGAAAUGUAUCCAUAUUAGAAAAAAAUACAGGCUCAUAAAACUUUCCAAUUUGAGGUAGUUAGACUGAUGACAGAGGAGGAUCAAUUACUGUUGAGAAAAAAACUUUUUAACUCAAUUCCUUACUUAAAAAUCUAUGACUACGAACCGUGGUACAACCAUACCGUGGGAUAAAUUUUUCUGAUUCAUUUUAGGCCAAACCAGGCAUGAAGAAAAUUGAGAAAAACUGAUAUUUGUUACAGGAAGUGGAAUUUCUGGUAGUGGUAUGGUCAGUUUUAUCCAAAAGUAGCUACAAUUCAAUAUGAAACUUUUGUCAAAAAUUUCCUUCCUAUCUUAACAGUAGAUAAUAACAGUAGAUAAUUUAAAUUUUGGCAUCUAUUGUGGAAAUAUGUGUAUAAUAUUAUUUCACUGCCAUUACAAGCAUAACGUGAUACGAGUUGGGAUGAGAUACUCUUGAGUAGUUAAAACUGUUGUGUAUAAUUAGUAAUUUCAAACAAGUGUUCAAUUUCCUAUUUCAUUUGUACCUGUAAAUCAAAAUCACUCACUGCCAUUUACCUAGGAUUGUUCAUAAAAGUGAAUAGACCAGCGCUGUUACCCUUUCAUUCAAUGAUUAUCUCAUGCGGCCUAUAUAUGACUGAGAGAUAUCACAUCUGGAGUAUAUCGUCUUAUUUUCAAAUGGAGAGCUGGAUGUUUGAUAAUUUAUGAGGCACCAAUUUACUACUACACGUCUUAAAAGUAACUUUUUCAAAGAGCUCAAAUAGUACAGAUUGCAAAGUAACUUUGUAAGACCAUGGACGGGAAAAAAAUGUUUUCAUCUAUUCCAAAGAUCAUGAAAAUUCUUUUCAGGUAGUCAGGUACCAAAAAUUUUAAGUUGAAUAGAUUAGUUGACCAUAUUCAAUAUUGUUAUCUAUGAUGUUAUGACAUUCAGAGAUAUAUGUGGAUGGAACGCGUGGGAGUGAUAGAUGUUGGAAAACGAUUUUGAUGAAGACCUUCACGUUGUGUGUUGAUAAAAUUAUAUGUAUCAUGUGAAUAAAAUAAAUGAAUUUUUCAAAACAG